AUGGCUCGUCAUUUUCGUCAGUAUUCCCGGGAAGGGUACGUUUCAGUAUUUAUUUUUCUUUCUUCCAUUGUUAGCAUAGUUAAUACCGUCACCCAUUAUUCUGUUCCCGAAGAAAUGGAGGAAGGCUCUGUCGUCGCUAAUUUAGCCACUGAUUUGGGAUUAGAUGUGAAGACACUGAAUAAAAGAAAAAUGCGAAUAGAUGUCGUUGCUAAUAAAAAAUAUCUUGACAUCAACAAAGACACAGGAGAGCUGUUUAUUUUGGAGAGGAUAGACAGAGAGUUUCUGUGUCCAUUGAAAACCACCACGUCCUGCUUUCUUAAAUUGGACGCUGCAGUUGAAAAUCCAAUACGAAUGUUUAAUAUCGAGGUUGAGAUCACGGAUAUUAAUGAUAACGCUCCUCAUUUUCGGCGAGGGACGAUGCAUUUGGACAUAUCUGAAUCAAGUCCUGUUGGAGAGAGAUUCUCAUUGAAUAACGCUGUGGAUCCAGAUGUGGGACCGAAUUCUGUGAAAAACUACCACUUGAGCUCAAGCGAACACUUUUCUAUCGAAAUUCAGACAGGGAGAGAUGGGACAAAGUUUGCUGAUUUGAUUCUGAAAAAAGCUUUAGAUAGAGAGCAGCAGGCUGUUCAUAAUCUAAUAUUGACUGCUGUGGACGGUGGAGUCCCCACCCGUACAGGUACAGCCAGCAUCAUUGUUAGUGUGCUUGAUGUCAAUGACAACGCCCCUUCAUUUGACAAAGACCUAUACCAUGUAGAUGUGAUGGAGAACUCUCCAAUUGGCAGUCUAGUGAUUAAACUAAAAGCCACAGAUUUAGAUGAAGGGUCCAACUCUGACAUAGUUUAUUCAUAUAGUUUGUACACAUCAGAGAGAACGCAAAAUAUGUUUAGCUUGAAUCCAGAAAAUGGUGAAAUCAGAGUGAAAGAGAUGAUUAAUUUUGAAGAUUUGAAACUUUAUGAAAUGGAGGUUAUUGCCACUGAUAAGGGGCCAAAUUCCUUAUCUGGACAAUGUAAACUGACAAUACAGGUCACAGAUAUGAAUGACAAUCACCCAGAAAUAUCUAUCAAAUCAUUUAAUAGUCCGAUCAAAGAAGAUACUGCAGUAGAAACAGUAAUAGCAGUAGUUAGUGUCAGUGAUAAGGACUCAGGUGACAACGGAGUGGUUGAUCUUCAUGUUCCAGAUAAUAUGCCUUUCAAACUGAGGGAAUCCUCUGAUAACUAUUAUGAGUUAGUGGUCUCAGAGUCUUUAGACCGUGAGAAGGUUCCAGAAUAUGACAUCACUUUCACUGUUACAGACAGAGGUUCUCCUCCUUUAUCUGACAAUGAAACUAUGACUUUAGAGCUGCUGGAUGUUAAUGACAAUGUUCCACAGUUCCCUCAGUCAUUUUAUACUAUACGUGUAAUGGAGAAUAACGCACCUGGGGCCUUGCUCAGUUCACUCACUGCGUUUGAUCCUGACCUCCAUGAAAACCAGUAUCUAGUUUAUUUCAUCCUAGAGAAGGAGAUAGCCAACACCUCCAUGUCCAUGCUGUUCUCCAUCAAUCCAGAGAAUGGUAAUCUUUACGCACUAAAGACUUUUGACUAUGAGAUAGAGAAGGAGUUCCUUUUCCACAUCGAGGCCAGAGACUCUGGCUCUCCUCCACUCAGCAGCAACGUGACCGUCCACAUUAUUAUUGUGGACCAGAAUGACAACGCUCCGGUCAUUGUCUCUCCGUGGCGUGCACACGGCUCGUUGGUGGAGGAAAAGAUCCCCAGAUCCACUGAUAAAGGAUCUCUAGUUGCCAAGGUGAUAGCCUUAGACACAGACUCGGUGCACAACUCCCGGAUUACCUACCAGUUUCUACAGGUGACUGACGCCACCUUGUUCAGUCUGGACCAGUACAACGGAGAGAUCCGGACUAUGAGGAUGUUCAGUUACAGAGAUCCACGUCACCAGAGACUGGUUGUUGUUGCCAAGGACAACGGGGAGCCUGCUCUCUCUGCUACAGUCACCAUCAAGCUGUCCACAGUGGAGACUGCUGUUAAGGCCUACUCUGACAUGACUGAGGUUCCUCUAGAAUAUGACAUCUUCUCUGACCUAAACCUGUAUUUGGUCAUCGGUCUGGGCUCGGUGUCAUUUCUCCUGCUGAUCACCAUAUUGGUCACCAUCGUGCUCAAGUGUCAGAAACCCAAGCCCAGCAAAGCAGCUCCUCCCUGCAGGAACAGUGUGAUCAGUGAGAGGAACUCCACCAUUGCAGACUCCACUCUGGUCUCCAACGAUGCCUACUGGUACAGUCUGUUUCUAGCAGAGACCAGGAAAGGAAAGAUGGUGGUUAGACAGCCUGUGCCAAAGGGCUCCAGAUACAUCGUGUCCAGUUUACCGAGGAGCACAGGAAUGUCAGAGACUAGUGACUCAGCAGCAUCUACUCUGCAGGUAUGGAACGACACACAUUAA